UUUGCAACUAAGCAGAAGAAGAAAGAAGAAAUGGCUUCCUCUAUGAUCUCUUCAGCCACCGUGGCCACUGUGAGCCGCACCAGCCCGGCUGAGGCCUCCAUUGUUGCCCCCUUCAACGGCCUCAAGUCUACCUCAGGUUUCCCAGUUACCAGAAAGACCAACGACAUUACUUCCAUCUCCAACAAUGGCGGAAGAGUCCAAUGCAUGCAGGUGUGACCACCAUUGGGAAAGAGGAAGUUCGAGACCCUUUCAUACCUUCCACCACUCAGUGAAGAGUCUUUGUUGAAGGAAAUCGCUUACCUUCUCCGAAUGGGAUGGACUCCCUGCCUGGAAUUCGAGUUGGAGCACGGUUUCGUCUACCGCGAGAACCACAGGUCUCCCGGAUACUACGAUGGACGCUACUGGGUGAUUUGCAAGUUGCCAAUGUUCGGAUGCACGGAUCCGGUUCAGGUGGCGAAGGAGCUGCAGGAAGCCAAGAGGACAUACCCCAAUGCCUUCAUCCGAAUCAUCGGAUUCGACAACAAGCGUCAAGUGCAGUGCAUCAGUUUCAUUGCCUACAAGCCACCAGGCGUCUAAGUUCACUUCUUUCUUAUGAUUAUUACUAUUACGUACCCUUAAUUCACGAGGGUCGGUUUGUUUCUUUAAACCGUACUCUGAACACUUGUUUUUUCUCGUUUUUGUUUUUUGAGAUAUUUCUUUCCCAUUCUUUUCAAUUUCUGGUCCGGAUACCGAUGGAAUGGCUGAGAAUUGUUGAAUAAAGGGUAGUUUCUUGCCAACUCUAUUUCUGUA